AUGGAUUCGUCAGUCUUUUCUAAUAAUUCAGGUUCUGUUUCUGUGGAGACAUCGGUAGAGAUUUCAGACUCAAGAGUUGAGGGAAUUCAUAAGGUAUCUAAAGGUAGCAGUGGCGUUCAGUCAUUGUUAGAAGAUGCUUAUAGAUACUCUGCUCAUUCUGAUUAUACUUUACCAGGUGGGUUUUUAAGACAGAGAAAGCCUCCCAAGAGGUUUGUUGAUUCGAGUGAUGAUGAAGGUGAUGGACCUACUGACAAAAAGGUAGUCAAAAUAAACCAGAAAAAGAGCAUGCUUUCCAAUGGCGUGAAAAGUAAGUCGAUUUUAAAUUCUGGUAAGAGCAUUGAUGGUUUGAAGAAAAAACCCAAUGGCAAAGAUAAAAAAAAUGGUAAAGUCACUUCCAUUGAAAAAACUGUAAAGUCAAAUUCAAAGUCAAAGUCAGAGUCAAAGCUAAAAACAAAUCUGAAAACAAAACUUAAAACAAAAGCAGAAUUAAAAUCAAAGUCAAAAUCAAAAUCAACAGCAGACUCAAAGCCUGUAUCGAAGUUGGAAUCAAAUGCAACUUCAUCAAAGGCAAAGUACACUAAAAAAAAUAAGAAAUCACCUGAACCUGCAUUGCUAAAUAAUUCUGUUAAUGGAGAUAGUCCAAAUGAUUCUGAGAAUACCAAUAAUGAUAACGAAAAUAAAGUAAUAAACGAUGUUCCAGUAACUCCUUCAAGUUUUGCAGAUUUAACAUCACCCUUUUUUGAAUUUAAAUACAAAUUUUUUGACAUAGAUUAUUUGAAAUCAAAUGAUAGAUUUAAAGGUAAUAUAACUCAAUCAAUAUCUAUAACUGAAAAGUAUUAUAAAUCAAAGGGUGAUAAUAUAAUCCCAAAAUUUGUAAAACUGAAAUAUCCAUUGUUUUUAAAUUAUGAAGAAGAAUAUCACAUUGACUUUAGCAAUGAAUCGUUUUCCACAAUAUACAACCCAAUGUCAGAAAUUGGUAAAAUAAUAGAGUAUUGUACUGAAAUCUAUAUUCCGGAUCAAUUUUUAAAACAACUUGAAACUGAAGUGAUAAAACCUCUAAAUGAAACAUUUGAUAAUUCUGAUGAACUAGGGUUUAUAAAUACUGUAAACAGAUAUAAUGACAUUAUUGAGAAAAUACCAAGAGAUUUAAUGAUAGAAAAAUUAAACAAUACAAAAUCAAUUCCAAAGAACUUUAUUCAUGAUUUCCUGCAUAUAAUUUACACAAGAACUAUUCAUCCAAAAGCCAAUAAGCUACGUCAAUAUGCAGCAUUUAGCAGUUUUGUCUACGGUGAAUUAUUACCUUCGUUUCUAUCAGAAGUAUACUCAGAAUGUUCAUUAAAAGAAGGCGAUGUCUUUAUGGAUCUGGGAUCUGGUGUUGGGAAUUGUGUUGUUCAGGCUGCAUUGGAAUAUGGAUGUGGACUAAGUUUUGGGUGUGAAAUUAUGGAGAAUGCUUCUGAUUUAACCGAAGCACAAUUUGCAGAACUUCAACAAAGAGCUAGAUUAUUUGGUAUUAGAUUGAGUCCAGUAGAAUACUCUUUGCGAGAAAGUUUUGUUGAUAAUAAACGUGUUGAUGAAUUGAUAAAAAAGUGUGAUGUAUUAUUGGUGAAUAACUUCUUAUUUGAUUCUAAAUUGAAUCUUGAAGUUGAAAAAAUAAUACAAAAUUGUAAAUCUGGUUGUAAAAUUAUAUCAUUGAAAAGUUUGAGACCAUUAACAUAUACAAUUGAUUUCGAUGAUAUUGAAAAUAUAUUGAAUAGGCUAAGUGUUAAAAAGCACAAAUUGAAAGAGAAUAGUGUCUCCUGGACUCAUAGAGGAGGUGAGUUUUAUAUCUCGACUGUUUUAUCUGAUGUUGACGAUUCAUUAUUUACAUCAAAUGCUGGACAUAGAAGGAAUGAAAGAUUAAAAUAUACACGAUAA